AUGCUCCCAGGGCCCCUCCUCUGUAUAAUAUCCCUCGUCCUGCUAAGCGGAUGUAUGGCGGCAGAGUCGCUGUAUAGCGUGCUUGGAGUCAAGAAGGGUGCUUCGGAUGGUGAUCUCAAGAAGGCAUACCGGAAAUUGAGCAAGAAAUUGCACCCUGAUAUCAAUCCUGACGAAGCCGCCCACGAACGCUUCAUAGAAGUAGCCAAGGCUUAUGAGGUACUCUCCGAUUCGGAAAAGAGGUCUAUAUACGACAAACACGGAGAACAAGGUUUGAAGCAGCACGAAGCGCAGAAAGCUGGGGGUGCGCAAGAUCCGUUUGCGAGGUUCUUUGGUGGAGGCGGCGUGCAAGAACAACGAGGACCGGGAAUGAUCACCAACCUCGAAGUAUCUCUCAACGACAUGUACACUGGUAGAACAGUAGAGUUCCAAAUACCCCGCCGAGUCAUCUGCCCACACUGCCAUGGUUCCGGCGCCGAAACAGAACAGGACAUCCAUCAAUGUAACCACUGCAACGGUCAAGGUGUAACCGUCCAACGGCACCAAGUCUUCCCCGGCAUGUUUACCAACGUCCAAAUGGCAUGUCCCCACUGCGCCGGCAAAGGUAAACGCAUAACCAAACAAUGCCACGUCUGCUCUUCCGCCAAAACGAUCCAAACGCAACAUACCAUGGCCAUCAAUAUCCCCGCCGGCGCGCCUGAAGGGUUUGAAGAAGUCUUCCAUGGCGAGGCGGAUGAGCAGAUUGGGAUGGAUGCUGGGGACGUUGUUGUCCGUGUGCGGAGUCGGAUGGGUGAGGGGGAAGGGUUUUGGAGGAGGAAGGAGAAUGGGAUUCUGGGGAGGGUCACGCUGAGUGCUGCUGAAGCGUUGCUGGGUUUCAGAAGAGAGUUGCAGCACCUGGAUGGACGCAAGAUUAUCGUCUCGCGCACCGGUACCACCCAACCAGCAGAGGUCGAAGUUAUCGAAGGCGAAGGCAUGUCUGGAUACAUGGACAUUCCCCAAGGAGACAUGUUUAUCGAGUACUCUGUCGUGUUCCCCACUGAAGUCUCGAAAGAGACUAGGCAGAAACUGCAAGAGGUGCUCAAGUAUACCCCUCCCGUGGAACACGAUGAGCUGUAG